ACAGGACGCAGAAGUUGUCUGAUUUUUUCUCUUCUUUGGAGACAGUCGACACUUCAGCCACUUCAGCGACUUAAACAAUCAGAAAAAGGACGGAAUUAGAAUUAGAAAACCAUGCACUGUUCAUAUCCAUGGAGAGAUGGCAUGCGUGCUCCUCUUCAGUCGACUUCUUCCCUUCUCACACCGGCUCACAAGAACAUCCAUUUGCUUAUUAUCUCUUUUUCUUUCUUAUUUGUGCUACUGUGCACUAUUCCCAGCCGAAACCAUCAUGCAAAAGGCAGGUGAUCCGACGCCCAGUUGUCAGCGCGUCCUGGCCGAUGGAGCCAAAAGGCGCAUUCAGAAAUCACCGUCCUGCGUUUUGCCGCUGGAUGCGAGACCGAGCAGUGUCGAAGCAUCUCGGCUGAAAAGCGACCAAAGACCUGCUUCUACUCUCCGCGUCGACACGCCCAGUCCUCCCAUGGGCAACUUAAAGUUUGGGAAUAAAAAGUUGCCGAACGCAAUUAUAGUAGGUGUGAAAAAAGGAGGCACCAGAGCUGUUCUUGAGUUCAUAAGGAUUCACCCGGACGUGCGAGCGGCGGGCACCGAGACACACUUCUUUGACAGGAAUUAUGAUAGAGGCCUGGAGUGGUACAGAGGUUUAAUGCCGAGGACUCUUGAAAGCCAAAUCACGAUGGAGAAGACACCAAGCUACUUUGUGACAAAAGAGACACCGCCCCGGAUCUCGGCCAUGUCACGAGAGACCAAACUCAUUGUGGUGGUGCGCGACCCAGUCACUCGAGCGAUAUCAGAUUACACUCAGACUUUAUCCAAAACUCCCGACCUGCCGAGCUUCCAAGAUCUCGCCUUCAGAAACCAGAGCCUGGGUAUUGUGGACACGUCCUGGAACGCAAUUCGGAUCGGCCUGUAUGCCCUGCACCUUGAAAACUGGCUCCGCUACUUCCCCCUGGCUCAGAUCCACUUUGUGAGUGGAGAGCGUCUUAUCACGGACCCAGCAGGGGAGUUGGCUCGGGUGCAAGACUUCCUUGGGUUAAAGCGCAUUGUCACAGACAAACACUUCUAUUUCAACCGCACCAAGGGCUUCCCUUGCCUUAAGAAGCCGGAAAGCAGCGGCUCGCCUCGCUGCCUGGGCAAGUCCAAGGGCAGGACACAUGUACAGAUAGACAGAGAUGCUAUUGAACAACUGCGAGACUUCUAUAGACCUUACAAUGUCAAGUUUUAUGAAAUGGUGGGUCAUGAUUUCAAGUGGGAGUAG